AUGAAUACGAGCUGGAAGGGAAUCGAACUUCUUCGGUAUUCCUGGAUACUUCUUAGUGCUUACAUUACCGACAAUUAUCUUUUAUUCGCAUUCUUUGCCCUUGCUUUCAAUCCUCAUCACCCUCAUUCGCUGGCAACUGGUGGUGGUACCACUGAUCGAACAGUGAAGUUUUGGAAUCUUGCCACUGGCACGCUUUGCCAUAGCCAGGAUACGAUGAGUCAGGUCAACGGAAUUGCUUUCACUCCAAAUUAUAAGGAAUUUAUUACUGCACAUGGGUAUCCUGGCAAUGAACUCAAAAUUUGGAAGUAUCCAUCGAUGGCUUGUCUCAAGGUACCUCGUUUUUUUUUCUUUUUUUGGUAUAUGCUUCUGCGACAAAGGAUUAAAGCCUUAGUGGAUAUUUGUCAAUCAAAGCGCAGUGCUUUGAAGUUCGUAUACGAUGGAUGCCUAGUUCAUAUUUUUUGCUAGUC